GCGUUAAACGUUUCUGUGCCCAUUUCAUUUUCCCAUGAAUGCAAACGGUUGGAUAAAUCUAAGUCCACAAAGUACGAAAAAAGCUAUCAUUUUAGCAUAGCUUUUAUUUGAGUCAUUUCCUGUUUUUAAAUUCGCUAGCUUGAUGUAGCAACUUUUGGCUGUGUGAUCCCCCUCCGGUUUGAUAAAAGACGACGUUUUGAACAAGUUACUUAUUGAAAACCACCCUGGACAAAAGUCUACAAGUUACUCAUAUAAAAGAGUGAAAGAGCCGCCUAGGUGAUUUCCUCUCCACCCACAGUUUUAUAAGAAAACAAUUAAAUGAAAUAGCAGCAGCGAUGUUGGCCUGUAUCCAGCGCAGGCAUGGAUAUGAGUUUUGCAGACACAAUGGCUGACACCCAGACAGUUCUCCACGUCCUUGCCUCAGAUAAGUGAACCCUUCACAUGCAGACACCAGAGGGGGGUGGCUGGGUUGUAGUGGGGGAUAGGGUGUCGGGGUUCAGCACUUUUGACCACUGGGCCUCUCCACCUUGAAAGGACCUUGUUGAAUAGCACAGUCAUAAAUUGCGGGAUGAGCCAAAAACCUCCCCCCAUCACAAACCCCAAUGCCGCCCUCCACUCUGUUCAAUGAGUGGAUGGUGGUUUCCAUCUCGGCUAGCCUCUCGCUCUUUAUAGAGAUGAAAGGAUAAGCAGAAGAAUGGGCACAAAAGACUGGUAGGUUCGUGUUACCGGGAUGGCCCUCGGAGAAAGCUCAUGAAAGCCUUUGAGGAUGGGAGAAGACACAGAAACCAACAGGGAGACGGCCCGUCGUCAAAAGACAUUUGGCAUGAAGCCCCGAUGCUAAAACGGCUCACCUGUGGACUCAAUUCAAACUCAAACCUUGAUCUUAAAGCAGUCACAUUAAAUAUUGUUAUUGUCCUAUUUCAUCUAAUCACUUUUAGUUCAAUACAUGGGUAAUAACUCAAUGUAGUUAAAUUACUUUAUUGUAAUUAAAUUACUAUACACACACUGAAACUUUAGAGCAUAAUAUGACAUAAUGUCAACAUGUUUAAGUGUUUUCUGUCCCACACCCACAACAUUUUUUUAACUUUAUUGGUGGUCAGAUAUUUACAGUACAACAUCAAAAGACACGCAACAAGGCUAAAAAUAAACUAGCUUUUGGAUUCAAAUACAUUGUGCAUUAUGCCAAUGUGGAGUAAAUCUCGUUUGGUGAGUUGAUCAAUGUCAUCAUUAAACACAUCAUUGAUCAGAUUGGCGAAUUCUGACAAAGCUGAUCAGCCAAUUAGAAUAGAAUGCUAACUAUCGGCCGAUAACAAUCAAGCCGAUCAGAUCAUUAUAAAGUUUAAUUGGGAGUUUAGUGAGACUUGAGCCUUCUUUAUACUUGCUGGAGCGGUGACCAAGCUGGCGUAACUGCGGCUAUCCUGCAUGUACUUUGCCUUUAUACUGAAGCGCAACCCACAUCGCAGUUUGAAAAUUUACUGCAGUUUCCUUUCAUGUCACGUGUACCGCCAUCGCUGGUAUUAACCAGUUGAUAUGUUUAAUUGUGGUGCAAAAUUGAUCAAGAAGGCGUUGACAUAGGUGGUAUGUGGAACAGAGAGGAACAGUGAGUACGUCAUCGCAGCAUGUGACUAAAAAAGACCAAUCACAAGAGGUGAUCUCUGCGGCAUUUUACAUGCAGAAACAAUAUUUGCUGUGUGGAUGUUCACUGAUGCACCACUCUGGUCAAUGCUUUGGUCACCUGAUGCAAUGCAGGUGUUGUCAGGGUAUAAAGACACCUUUACAAUAAAUAUAAAUUGUCUACACCCCUUCACAGGUAAAUGAUUGCUAAACAUUUCCAUUAUUAAUGUGACAUACAAGCUGUUCAACUCAGAACCAAACAACUCGGAUAAUGUGGUUGCACAAGUGUCCCCCCCAAUAUAAGUGAGGAUUUCGCUGAUUUCAGAGUUACCCAGUCACUAACAAAAUCAAUUCAAACGCUUGCUAAAUGAUGGUCACCAUACAUCUGCCACCAUUUCAAGUACCUCUGAGUAACGCCAAUGAAGUUGAGCUCCUCUGAUUUCCCAACAUAUUAAUGGUGGGAAUGGUUUUGAAGUGAUUUAUCUAGGUCUAAUUUUCUUAUACCACCAAAACCUGGUAUUUAAACGUUGGAUGUAUCGACUUUUUAUAUCAACCGUGUCCCAAUGAACUUACAUUUGGUCUCAAAUUUGCAUGAAUCAGAUAAGGACACAAUUCUAACAGCAGGAAAUCAUGCACUGUUUAGUUUUACACACAACGUAGCAGGAAAUUGAAAAGUAACCAAAUAAAUCCUGAUUUGUGCCAAUUUUAUGUGUGUGCCUGUGAUACUAUGUGUACAGUAAUUGAUGUGGCGUGACCCCUGCCAAGAAUAGCAAAGCAUGCAACUAUUUGAUGCCCCUCUAAAAAUGAUUAUAAUUGUUUACAAGCCAAAAGAAGAAGAUAUUAAGAGUUGAAACUAGGGACAGGAAAGUACUGAUGCCAUAUAAUGGCAGUGGGUCAUUACUUGCCUUAUUUCAAUUUAUUGGAUACUUAUGAAGUAUUACUUAUGAUACUUAAGGCACAAAAAGAAAAAUGACAAGAGCUCGUAAGACGAUGGAUGUUGAAACAGGACAAUGAGUUAAAACACAAGCAAAUCAACAACAGAAUGGCUUCGGAAGAAGAAAACGCAAAUUCUGGAAUGGCCCUGUCAAAGUCCUGACCUCAACCUGAUUCAGGUGGUGCAGAAUGACAUCAAGAGAGCUAUUCCCAUCCCAGCAAUCUCCAUGAAGCAACAGUUUUGUCGCAAGGAAUGGUCCUAAAUUCAUUGAAAUCAUUUUGCGCAUCUGAUCUGCAGCUACAGGAAACCUUUGGUUGAGGUUAGUGCUGCCAAAGGAAGGUCAACCACUUAUUAAAUCCAAGGGUAAAUUUACUUUCCUCAGACCUGUGAAUGUUUAUAAACAUGUUUUAACUCUAUAUAUUGUAAAUAUGAGAACACAGGAUUAUUUGUUUGGUAUUAGUUCAGGCAGACCCUGUUUAUUUAGUCUUGCGAACAUGGUAAUGAUCUGAUGAUGAUCAGAUAAAUUCAAUAACCAAUUUAUUCAGAAAUUUAUGAAAUUACAAAGGGUUCACGUACUUAGUCCUUCCACUGAUAAAUGUCAGCAAUUCAAAAGAUUUUUAAAGUUUAUUAUUUUGAAUGUUUGCAAUUCGAGGUUUGAUCUGCUAUUGUUGACUGUACUGUACUAUAGUUGAGCUGUUUUCCCUCUUUUCAAGUCCUGUGAAAAGGUUUUAAUGAGAAUUAGUGUUUGACAGCAGAGGCCCCCUUCAAGGAUGCACAGUAGCGCCAUUAAAUUGAGUUUUCCCAAAUGAGUGGGAUCUUCACCUUCAACACACACUCCCACUCUCCUCGUCUGUCUCCCUCAUGGCAUUCCUACUCCUCGGCGGCGUAUUGUGUCACUCACUCGAAAGCCAAUAAAAGCCAUCCGCAGUUCUCUGCAUCGUAGUCUUUGCCCGGACUUGCCCUGCGUGCUGGCAGAUAUUUUGUGCCUGGAGGGGGUCACGUCAGCCAGAGUUUGCAGAGAGAAAGUUGUGAGCGCGGGCAAACAAAGGUGUCGAGCCAAAAGGGCGCCAGUCCUUCUCCUCCUGCUCGUCCUGGUGUCGUCACCUCUGGGAUAUUACCCACUUUACUGUCAACGCCCAUGCCACUAUUUUUAAAACUUUUUUUUUUUUUUUUUUUUGUCGAAGCACCAGAGUCAAAAGGGUGGGAUCAAGGUAAAUUCAAAUACAAACUCUGGGGUUCAAUUUAUCUUUUCAUAAGUGAGGAGUGUACUCUUAGAACUGCUCCAUUACAAAAAGCCCUGAGACAACUGCUGUUGCAAUUUGGCACUAUAUAUAUUGAACCUUGAAUUGAAUUGAAUCUAAUUAAAAACUCACAUUUGGAUGGUGUCAGGUGUGUGCCAAGGCAACAUAUAACACUGAACUGAUGAUUUUAGCCAAUAAGAAGCAUGAAGAAAGUAAUUUCCAGAAAAGUCACAGUAACCUAUCAUACACGCAGAAUUUCAUUCAUUUUCUGUACCACUUAUCCUCACAAGGGUCACAGGUGUGCUGGAGCUGAUCUCAGCUAUCUUCAUGGGUACACCUGAAACUGGUCCCCAGUCAAUCGCAGGGCACACUCAAACAACCAUUUGCAAUUUAGAAUCUUCAGUCAACCUCUCAGACAGGAUUUUGGGAUGUGGGAGGAAACUGGCAUACCCAAAGAAAGUCCACGCACGCACGGGGAAAACUCCACACAGGUGAGGCUGGGAUUUGAACCCUGGUCCUUAGAACUGUGAAGCAAAUGUGGUAACCAGUCACUCACUUUUUCACAUUAAAAGGAAUAAAGAAAAGUACUUAAGAUGUUUAUAACGUUUUUCCAUUUUAUUAAUAUAUGUAUUUUGUUGUGAUUUUAUUUUUUUCCCCGUUUCAAAUGGUCUAUCCCUUUGUAUUCAAAUUAUUUCAAUCAUGUAAAGCUAAUUGAGUUACCUUGUGUAUGAGAUGUGCUAUAUAAAAUAACCCAAAUGAUAAAGUAACAAAGAAACACCUGAAUAAACCUCAAACUGAAGACAAGUCAUGUCAGACAAUGAAAGUCAACAGACAAGCAUUGAAAGAAGCCAGGGAACUAAAUACACACAAAUUGACUAGACAACAAACAACACCUGGACAAGACAAGUGGCUGUUGGGAGCUGAUUGAUCGACAAGACCAAGUGGACACAAUAACCAAAUGAGCACACAAGAUAUGAAAAACAUGGCACACAGGGAAACAAACAAAGCCAAAUACAAUCCAAAACAAACCAGAAGUUUGCAAUACUUCUCCUUAAAGAAAGGAUCCCAGACGUUCCCAAAAGCCACGAACAAAGAAAAAGUUACCAAAACAGGGUGGAUGGAAGAGGGCCUGGAGGCGGGUUGAGAAUCCGCCGCUUCGAGUCAGUCUGGUGGCCAUCCAAGCCACCAGAUGUCAUGUGCUUGACUGGGUCGUUCAGUUGGGCGGUCGUGAUCUCAAAGUCAGUGGCAAUGCAGGGGCUAGGAAAGAGGGUCGAGUAGCCGCUGCUGUACGGUUGCUGUCAGAGCCGGGUCGGGUGGCGGCCGCUUGACAGGCGCUGGUGGAGCAGGGAUGAGGAGUGGCCACCCAACAAGCGACUGCAGAGCAAAGACAGAUGGUGGUGGCUGGACGAGUACCACCAGAGCAAGGAUGGAUGGCGGCUGCUGGACAAGUGCCACCAGAGCAGGGUCAGGUGUCAUCCGCUGGAAGAGAUCCGCCGGAGCCUGCCGCAAUUGCCGAGAAGCAGGGAUGUGAACCUGCCAAAGAGCAGGAAUAAGAGGGUGUUGCAGCUGCCAAAGAGCAGGAACUGGAACCUGCUACAACUGCAGGGAACCAGGCAGGCGGUGUGCAGGUCAACGGAAUGUGCUUUCUUCUGGAUCCAAUUCUGGUUGGUUUACUCAGGUCACUUUAGGGGGUUUUGGAGGAGGCAAGGCAAAAUACAGAGCACCUAAGUGCAGGAAGGUAAUUCCCUCACAAAAGUCACAAAAAUCAUGUUUAAUUCCAAAUCAUUGGCAAAUAUUAUGGAAAAAGCUAACACACGAAGGCCCAACACUGAUAAUAAAAGUAACAGAAAAACUCGAAAUCAAAACAAAACUAUAGGCGACUACAAUGUGACACAGUGACAAUGACAACGAACAAACAAGGACUGAAAGAAAGCAGGAAACUAAAUACACAGAAGACAACAAGAACACUUGGACAAAACACAAGUGCUGGGGGGAGCUGAUUGGUCGACAAUGUAGAAAGUUGAUUGGAAGAGAGGGCAAAUAACGAAAUGAGCGCAGAAGAUGUGAAAAACAUGGGAUAUAGGAAGAAAGGGAAACAAAACUAAACACAAUCCAAAACAAAAUACAGACCAUGACAAAAACAAUAUUAUAUUAUUGACAGAAUAUAGCUACAAGUAAGAAAAAAGGUAUUUAUGGAAAGAACUACAUGUAAAAUUUGCAAAUUCUAAGAAAAAAUAGUGAAAUAACAAUGAAUGGAGAAUGACUUCUAAACAGCUUUGAUGGAAUUCUGGCCCCCACAUGGCAUCUGUGGUGGGGAAAGUAGUACACUAUCAACAAUGUCCCUCAUGGGGAUGGGGCGCUCCUGACCUAAGCUCGGGAUGUUGGGAGUUGGUGGUAUCAAUACCUCCUCAAUUCUACCGACACACCUUCCCAAUGUCUUAAAAAGCGACUAUCCCAUAGAUUUGAGAAUGAUAAGGGAAUGGCCAACGACUUGAACACCUCCUAUUGAAGAUUUGAAAAGGGACACUUUGACACCCCACACCCAUCCACCUGCAUCACUUACCACCAUCACACCUCUGACUCCCUCUCUUUCCUUGAGCAUCCACGAACAGAAGGUGAGAUGCAUCUUCAAACAACAAAAUAUCAACAAAGUAGGAGGCUCUGACCUUGUGUCUCCACCCUGCCUUGUAGUUUGGGUACCGGGCAAACAGUUCUUCUGGAUGACCCAGUCAACAUGGCACUGCACUUGAUCUUAGAACAACGCGACAGUGCGGGGACCUACAUGAGGAUCCUGUUUGUGGACUUCAGCUCUACAUUGCAAGGACACUAAAGGUGAGCCAGGGAGACACCACUUCAUCUACACGUACCAUCAGCACCAGGACACCCCAAGGUUGUUUCCUCUCUCAACUGCUCUUCUCUCCCUACAUGAAUGACUGUACCAAGCUUGUGAAAAUUUCAAAUGACACCACGGUAAUCAGCCUCAUUAAAGAUGGUGAUGAGUCUGCAUAGCGACAGGAAGUGGAUCGGCUGGAGCCGUGGUGUGGCUGACACAGCCUGGAGCUAAAUACCCUCAAGACAGUUGAGAGGAUCAUGGCAUUCCGGAGGGAUACUUCACCAUAGCUGCCCCUCAUGGUGUCCAACUGCCCUGUGUUAAUCUUUGAGACCUUCAAGUUCCCGGGCAUUACGGUCUCUCAGGACCUGAAGUGGGAGAUCACCAUCAACUCCAUCCUGCAGUUUCUGAGGAAGCACUGCAUCCCACAGGAGCUGUUGAGGCUACCCUAGGUGGAGGAGUUCAAGUAUCUCUGAGUCUUAUUCUAAACUGUGUGAAGAAUGGAGCGGAAGAUCAUCAGGUUGAUCGGUGCAGCGUCUGCAGUGACGAUCUCUGUAUCGACAGUCUCUAUCAAUCAUUCAUGGUGAAGAAAGAGCUGAGGCCAAAGCUCUCUAUUUCCAGGUUGAUCUACCUUCCUCCCCUCACCUAUGGUUACGGGCAGUAGGCCGUGACGGAAAAUACAAGAUCACUGAUACAAGUGGCCAAAAUGAGCUUCUUCCGCUGGGUGACUGGGCGCUCUAUUAGAGCUCAGUCAUCCGGGAGGGCCUCAGAGUCGAACCGGUCCUUCUGCGCAUUGAGUUGAGCCAGAUGAAGUGGGUCGGGCAUCUGGUGAGGAUGCCUUCUGGAUGCUUCACUGGUGUGGUGUCCCAUGCACGUCCCACCAAGCGAAGGCCUCGAGGACAACCCAGGACACGUUGGAGAGCCAAGCUGGCCGGCCUGUCCUGGGAACGCCUCGGAAUCCCCCCAGUAGAGCUAGACGAAGUGACUGUGGAGAGGGAAGGCUGGGCUUCACUUUUGAAGCUGCUGCCCAAAUGACCCGAACUGAAAGAAAAUGGAUGGAUGUAUGAUAAAAAAAAGGCAAACCAUUAAUACGAAUUCCCAUUAAAUAACCACAAAUAAUGAGCGCUGAAUUGAUGUGUGAAAGCAGCUAUUUUAAAAAUGGAAUGAAAAACAAUUAACUAAUAGAAAAUCUAAAAGGGGUAAAAAAGCAAACUGACUUUGAAAAAAUGUCAAUGCAGCAAAUAUAACAUCCAUCCAUCUAUUAUCCGAGCCGGAUAUCCCAACAAGAGUCACAGGAGUGCUGGAGCCUAUCCCAGCCAUCAUCGGACAAGGGAUGGGGUACACCCACGUACAUAGAAAAAAAAAAACAACCAUUUGCACUCAUAAUCACAUAAUUGAUUAAAAGAAACAUUGAAGAAAUUUUUUAUAAUGUUCUACCUGCAUGAAAAAGAAAAAUUUUAGUUUGCACGUGGACAAAGAAAUGUGUUCAAACAUGACAGAGCAAUCUAACAACCCACUUCCUCAUUUUUGGUUUUUGGGGGGGGGAUUUGUGUUUUGGGACAAACAACGUUUUCAUGAACCCAAGCAGAUUUUCAUUCUGUCGUUAAAUCCCCCUUAAAUACAAACCUGAUCCGAUUUACGCAGCUCUCCUCCUGCCUUGUACAUGAACUCGGCUGUGGCGCUAUCCCACCCUGCACUUGGGACCGUAGUCCCAGAACCCAAGUCCUGCUUGUGUCCAGAUGUCACUCACACACGCACACCUAGCAUGACAUAAUUACACGUCCACUGUUACUUUUGGACAUCUUCCUUCAAUGGAAACUGUAAUUGGAAACAAGCUAUUAUUUCAAUUAUGGCAAAUGGCUGAGCUCGUCUAGGCGGCCAAAGUGUGGCAGACGUCACUUAUCAAUUAUGGGGACCUCACUGCCAUAACGCGCUGUGCUAUAUACUAGCUCCAUAUAGCGAGGGGACGGGGGAUGAUGUUGGGGGUUGAACCACCAUUCCAUCCUCUUCCAGUCUGAUUUGUUGGCUGUUUUGGUUGUUGGCUGACAUCCUUUCUUCAAUCAAUGGACCUUGCCAAUUGACCUUUACCACACAUAUCCACGCACACACAUGCACACAUAAAGUGAUGUAAAGCCCCACAUGGUUCCAAUUUCAGGGUUAAUGCACCGCUCCUUGCAAUCUGACCCAAUUAACCCGAGUCAGCUGGAAAUGUCCCAGCUCUCGACGCGGUGGCAAAGAGGUAAAGGUUCAAAGGUGACUACUUGUAUGUAUGCCAGUGUGUUUUUGGGUGGGGGAUGGUGGACACCAAAGGUCUGGCUGUGUGACAGCCAUCACUCAGUAAACCUGUUGCUGCUUGUCACAUGUUCAGCACAGGUGCAAUAUUGAUACAAAUGUCUCACAUAUAGAUAAUGUAUUUUAGCUGUACAAUAUCCUGGUUAGGGAAUACAAACUAGUUCUUAUUGAGGAGUGGUUCCUGGUAAUUCAAUUCCUAGAAAUGUUUUCUUUGGUUGCCUGAUGAUUUUCACUUAUCGAUUAGGAAAGAAAAAAAAGACCAGUGCUUUGACUGGGACUCCACUGCUUGUGGGGGCACUUUUAAAGCGCCUCACAGAAGAAGGGGGGAAAAGCGCUACAUUAUGGAGUGUGAUUUGGCUGAGGCAGCGUAGGGACGAGCAGGGCGGAAAAAAAUUAUUGUAAAAAAAAAUCAAACAGAGUUUUAACAAUGUCUUGGCUACUGGUGAGGCCGCUUAAAGCAACUCGUUCUCAUAUGUAAUUGUGCACAUGGCAUGCUGUGACUGAUAGAAAAACUAGGAGGAGAAAAAAAUAGAACUGGCCGUCAAGGGAGUGCUUGCUACUGACCAGGCUUCUUUAAAACCCACCUUUCUCGGAUGGGCUUCUGGGGAGCACUUAACUCUUUCUGGAGGUGCCUUUUUCUAAAAAAUGUGUUUCUUCAAAACAGGGGUCUCAAACAUGUGGCCCGCGAGGUGAUAUUUUGCGGCCCCCGCCUUAAUAUGAAAGUAUAAUGGGCGUGCGGCCCUUGAGUUUUAUAUGGAUGGCACUUUUACAGUGUUGUGUGCGGAGCAGACCAAUCACAGUGUGGUAGAUGGGCGUGUGACAUCGACCGGUCUUGAUGCAAGGAGAGAAACAAUUUUCAAUGACAAAGUUACAGCAGCGUUGCCAAGGAGAGUUUUUGAAAACAAAAAAUUUUUUACAAGUUUUACACACACCAAAACACAAAAAAACACCAGCGUCCUUCAUCUUAUUUUGUGUUUAAAAAGAGAUGUUUGAGAAGAUGAAAUUGUUUUUAAUUUCUGAUUUUAAUUCCACAUAAGUCUAUGUGCACUGAGGCUUCGGCCCCGCCUCAGCCAGACUCACCCUCCAGCAGCCCCAAGUUAAAUUGAGUUUGAGACCCCUGCUUUAAAAUGUGCAGAAGGUAUUUCGCAAAACUAGGUCAGGUGAUGAUUUUUGUUUUUUUUACCCAACAAUUAUUUGUUAUAUGAGUGGAUUAUCCAUCUAUUUUGUGUACUGGUUAUCCUCUCUAGCGUCGCAGGCAUGCUGGAGCCUAUCCCAGCUAUCUUUGGGCGAGAAGCGGGGUAUACACUUAACUAGUCACCACCCAAUCGCAGUAUGUGUCAUGAUCCUGCCGCUCCAGCCCGGGUUGUGCAGGUGCCCGCGCUGUUGCGCUGAUUGGGAGGCGCACACCUGCGCCUCAUGCGGGCUGAUUAUCCUGGUUAUUUAUAUGACCCCGAUGACGACUGGUCCGCGCCAGAUCGCUGAGCUUCAUGUCCCGUUCGAGUACUCCCGUAUCACUGAUCGACAACCCGGGUGUACUGACCUUCGCCUGUUCUCCGACCAACCCCGUAAGCCUGACUCCUUUGACACUUCUUUCUGCUUUGAUCUUUAUCCCGUGUACCAACUCCUGCCUGCCCGCUCACCUGCUCUCUUCGCCCGACGUCCCAACUACCGCUGCUGCACCUGACGCUGCUUGUCACUCAUCCUUUUUUUUUGCAUAGUCGCCCAAUGUCAAAGAUAAAUGAACAUAAUUUUUAUAAUUUUUCAUUAUGUUCUUUGAAUGCUUAUUUUUGGCGGGUGGGGGGACUUGGAACGGAUGAGUAUAUUUACAUGGGAAAUACGCUUUUACUUAUGAAAAAUUCACAUUAAGAAAGGACUUCCGGAUAGGUUAAUUUCCUAAGUAGAUGUUCCACUGUAUUCACCUUAAUUUUCCCACCUGUUUUUCUCAUCUCUCCAGUUUAUACACGUUCUUCAUGUUGAUGGCCUCAUCUGCUUACAGCUUUGACUUGAUGUUGAUCAGAUGAUCCACUCCAAGAAGAUUUCUGAAUGCUAUUUUGAUACAAUUCAUUCAACUAAAGCCUUUUUCACAAUCUGCACUGGAUGCUUGAAAUGUAUCACAAAUAUCCACGAGGAAUCUUUUCCCUGAUCAGGAUCCACGAUGUGACCUGUGGUAGGGAGGAGAUGACGCAAAGACUGUGACUUUGCUUCUUUUCGUCAUCGCCACAUCCCGCUCUCUUCAUCUCCCAAUGCCUCGCUCUUGUCGGACGGGAGACGGCGACGCUCAGCAGAUGGCUUUGAUGUCAGCACUUGGGACAUCCUUCUUGCCUUCAGCGUUAUCGGAUGACAUCUCCUCCUCCAACAUCUUCUUCUGCUCCUCCUGAACGUGCAGGAGUUCUUCGGUAGUGAGCUCCACACGAUACUCCUCCACCAGGUCCUCAACAUCAUCGGUGUCCAUCUCCAAACCGAAAUUGUGACCCAUUGUCACGAUUUCAUGGAUGAGUUGACGAUCCUCUGGAGUUCUCACGUCGCCACCAGCAGCUCUAGAUAGAAGGAUGACAAACCAGACCACAGUCAACAAGUCCAAUGCCAACAAGCCCAAGGCAGGAGAUGAAACUCGGCAGGAUGACAGCACGGACGUCGGCUACAAAGAUGCCGGCCACUGCAGCCGCAACACCCACAACCUCCUGUUGGGUCUCACCGUUAUGGGUGUGGUGAUGGGAGCGGUGUUGGGCAUGCUGCUGCGCUACAUGAAGGUGACAGAUAGCUCGACCCUCACCAUGGUCUCCUUCCCUGGAGAGAUUCUCAUGAGGAUGCUUAAGAUGCUCAUCCUGCCUCUCAUUAUUUCCAGCCUAAUCACAGGUUUGGCAGGUCUGGAUGCUCGUUCCAGUGGCAGGAUGGGCAGCAGAGCUAUGGUGUACUACAUGAGCACGACCAUCAUCGCCGCCAUCCUGGGCGUCAUUCUGGUGAUCAGCAUUCACCCUGGUAACCCAAAGCUCAAGGGGGGCUCCUCUGCCUCUGCUCCCCCUAGGACCCAGGAAGUCAACAGUCUAGACGCCUUCCUCGACCUUAUCCGCAACCUCUUCCCGGAGAACUUGGUGCAGGCGUGCUUCCAACAGGUCCAGACGGUGCUGAAACAGGUGGUAGUGGCGGCCACAAACCAAACGGAACCAAUUGUAGUCAACAGGAAGAAACUGGAAUACAAAUGGGGCAUGAAUGUUCUGGGCUUAAUCGGCUUUUUCAUCACCUUUGGCAUCUGUAUGGGCAGAAUGGGCGAGCGCAGCAAAAUCAUGUGCGACUUCUUCAACAUCCUCAACGAGAUCAUCAUGACCAUGGUGUCCAUGAUCAUGUGGUACUCUCCGGUUGGCAUCGCCUCGCUAAUUGCAGGCAAGAUCGCAGCCAUCGGGGACCUUGAGGUGGUGGCGCGGCAGCUGGGCAUGUACAUGGUGACCGUCAUCGUUGGCCUGGUGAUACACGGGGGUCUCAUCCUUCCCGCCAUCUUCUUCGGCAUCACACGCAAGAGCCCCUUCACCUUCUACUCAGGCAUCUUCCAGGCGUGGAUCACGGCACUGGGCACGGCCAGUAGCGCUGGGACCUUGCCGGUGACGUUUCGUUGCCUGGAGGAAAACCUGAAGAUCGACAAGCGCGUCACCCGCUUCGUACUGCCCAUCGGCGCCACCAUCAACAUGGACGGCACAGCACUCUAUGAGGCCGUGGCGGCCAUCUUCAUCGCACAGAUGAACGACAUUACAUUGGAUGGCGGCCAGAUCGUCACCGUCAGCAUGACAGCCACCCUGGCCAGCGUGGGAGCAGCCAGCAUUCCAAGUGCCGGAUUGGUCACCAUGCUACUGAUCUUGACAGCCGUGGGCCUACCCACACAGGACAUCAGUCUGCUCAUCGCUGUUGACUGGCUGCUCGACCGGAUGCGGACCUCCAUCAAUGUUGUGGGUGACUCUUUCGGGGCCGGCAUCGUAGACCACUUGUCCAAAGCAGAGCUCCAGGAAAUAGACGCAGCCGAAAUGCAAAUUCUCCCGGUGGAGGAGGAACUGGAUUUCAUCCCCCCGCCACCCAUCCUGACUGAAAUGGACCUGGUGGACCCGCUCAAGCCGCCUGAGCUGCCCCCCCGUUCGCCCCGUCCUCCCAAGCAGAACCAUCAUGGCCACGUCCUGUCCCAGUCCCACUCUAUCAACUACUCGCCAUCCCGUUCUAUCCGUUCCCCUUCACCGCGCUCUAUCCGUUCGCCCUCUCCACGUUCCGUGUGCUCCCACUCUCACUCCCCUCGGCCUUUCCGUGCCCACUCACCUCGCCUCCUCUGCAGGACGGAGCCGGGCUACAGCGCCCUGCCCAGCCACGAACACCAGCUCCCUGCCCUGCCUCACUGCUACCGCGACCAUCCGCACCGAGAGAGCGAGACGGAGGAGGACGAAGAACGAGAGCGUGUCCUCGGCGAGGCCAGCGACGGCGAGGAGAGCGACGACACCGCUUACGACCGGCGGCACGCCAUCCUGCCGUGCGACCUACCUUGAAAACAUCUCAUGUCCAUUUGGUUCAAUCCAUGUUAAAAUCAAAGUACCUCUCAUAUGAUGGUAAAAUUAUUAAAUUAUCUCUCACUGUCUUGGUUCAUCAUUUUCAACAGAGAAACGCUCCCCUCAUGAAAGCCUUGUUUUUGCCAGGCAUCACGAUUGGGUCCAGUUGGAUACAGUAUGGGGAAAGGUUGUUCAUACUGGACCAGUUUUUGUGCACCCUGAACCUUGGCCUACCAAAAGUGGUAUGCCAAAUAAUCUCCUUCAUUUUGUCACCUUCAAGUGGACAAUACCACUUGGUUGAAACACGCCGUCGCUCCCGGUUUCUCCUACCGUCUCUCGGCACUUUGUAAUUUUUCUUUAUGUGAUGUUCUUGCUUGAUGACUCAUAGUUGCUGAAACGCACACAUCACACACUUUUUUUUUUUGUCACUGGUUUUGUGUUGACUUUUAUUCUGAUUUUAUCUUGUUUCACCUGGAAUACACAGCCGUGCACCUCCCACUUCCCGACUCCGCUUGAAUGUCUUUUUUUCGACAUGGCAGGUCUGUGUGUGUGUGUGUGUGUGUGUGUGUGUGUGUGUGUGUGUGUGCGCGCGUGUG